AUGUUUGACCUUUCGAUAGGUCUACUGCUUGCCGCAGCUUCCACCACCUUCGCUCAGAAUAUAGGUACUUGGACUUCGCCGAUUCGAUUCCCAAUCGUACCAGUCGCAGCUGCCCCAUUGCCCGGCAGCAAUGGUCAACUCCUCGUAUGGUCGGGUUUCAAUCCAGCCGACUUCGAGUCUGGCAAGGGACGAACACAAACGGCCAUCUACAACCCAGCGACCGGAGCGGUGUCGCGAAGGACCGUCACCAAUACCCGACACGACAUGUCAGUGAUAGCAUUUCCUUCGACUUUUAACGGCAACCUCAUGGUCACAUGA